AUGAGGCUCUAUAUUGUUUGCUUUAUCGUGAACUUAGUAGCAUGUAGAAAUAACACUGAUGAGACGUCAAAAGUCAGGAGCGCUGAAGUGCCAGACGAUGUAUUCGAUGUUGAGACAAAAUUAAAUUUAAAGGGAAACGUCAGGAAAUUAUUCGCUGUGGAAUUAGGAUUAAAUUCUGAAGGGCAAAAUAUGAUAUGUUCGCCAAUAUCAGCCAUGAUGCCAUUGGCCAAAUUAUUGCUUGGAGCCGAAAAACGCUCUGAAUCAAAAGCUGAACUGUUGGCUGCUUUGGGAUUGAGAAAUUCGAAGGAGAUUAGCCGUAAAUACAAGCAGAUACUCAACGAACUUGAAUACCUAGACGGUGUGCAGAUAAUCCUCGCUAGUAGAACGUAUCUAUCCGAUAAAUAUCAACUUCAAGAGAAAUUUAAAAACAAAAGCAUAAGUAUUUUCAAAUCUGCGGUUGAAUUAGUAGAUACAAGUCGCUCAGAAGAAGUUGCUGAUAGAAUUAAUCAAUGGGUAGCUGAUCAUACAAAUGAUAAGAUUAAAAAUUUGAUUUCUGAAAACGACAUCGCUGAGAGCGCUUCCCUUCUUUUGGUGAACGCUAUAUAUUUCAAAAUUUUAGAACUGCCAUACAGAGGCGAGGAAGCCGCUAUGAUUAUAGUCCUGCCAAAUGACAAAAACGGUUUGCCAAUAUUGUUACGAACUUUAAGACUAUCUCAAGACCUACUGACUAAGGCACUACAAGAAAUGGUCACUGUAACUGUGGAUGUUAUAAUACCUAAGUUCAGGAUAGACACGGCUUUAGAUCUCAAGAGCUAUUAUGAAAAGGCAAGUGUACGAUUUAAGAAUAAUAAAGAAAUCGUUUUUGAGUGUGAAAUGGCAAUCAAUAGUUCUUUACGCUUUGAACGGUCUGGUCUCACGAAAAUAGUCAAACAUCACACAGUAUAUAUUUCAAGUGCAACACAAAGAGCAAUUGUUGAAGUCACUGAGAAAGGGACAGUAGCAACCGCAGCUAGUGUAAUUAUUGGGUUCGGAUCCCCAAUGCCAUCUUCAAAUAAAAUAGAGUUCAACGCAGAACAUCCCUUCUUGUUCUACAUCAGAGGUCAUCAUGAACAACUAUUUGCAGGCGUCGUUAUAUCACCAUAG